AUGGCUGCCGAUGGUCUUGCCGACCACUAUCAGAUCGACCUCGAAUCCAAUGACGAUGACAUCCAAGACAUACAAGCUGAAAUCGCGGUGCUGAGCACAUGCGCCAGUCCGUUCGUCACCCAAUACAAAGGCUCGUUUCUUCGAGGCACCAAGCUAUGGAUCAUCAUGGAGUAUCUGGGUGGUGGCUCAUGCCUUGACCUCCUCAAACCCGCAAAUUUCACCGAAACACACAUCGCUAUCGUCUGCCGCGAGCUCCUCCUUGGUAUCCAGUACUUGCACGAUGAGGGGAAAAUCCACCGAGACGUAAAGGCCGCCAAUGUUCUCCUUUCCGAGACCGGCAAGGUUAAGCUGGCGGACUUUGGAGUCGCUGCGCAGCUGACCAACAUCAAAUCCCAGCGCAAUACAUUCGUGGGAACUCCUUUCUGGAUGGCACCAGAGGUCAUUCAGCAAGAUGGGUACAGCUUCAAGGCUGAUAUCUGGUCGUUGGGAAUCACUGCCAUGGAGCUCGCCAAUGGCGAACCUCCUUUGUCUCACAUCCAUCCGAUGAAGGUACUCUUCCACAUUCCCAAAAAUGCCCCUCCUGCCCUUGACAGCAACUUCAGCAGGGAGUUUCGAGACUUUGUGUCACUGUGCUUGACAAAGGAUUGCGACCGCCGACCGUCGGCCAAGGAGCUCCUGCGACAUCGCUUCAUUCGGUCCGCCGGCAAGAUUGAGGCGCUCCAGGAGCUGAUCUCACGACGACAGAUGUGGGAUGCCAACAGGAACCGCCAAACGCAUCCCAUCUACUACCAAGAGACCCUUCAGACAAUUUCUCCUAAGGACGAGCAAGAUGAAUGGAUAUUUGACACAGUCAAGUCUGUCGCGCCACCCAAGCGCCCGACCAUCAAGCAAUCGCGCAAGCCAUCCUCUGUCUUCACCACCGAAGAGUCUUUGCGCAAGCUUGACCUCAAGGAUGCUCCACUGGGUGCGACUUCUCCGGCUCCCAGCACCAUCCGCAAGUCGACUGUGCGUCGCACUCCGUCCUUGGCCCAGGUAUCUGCUAUGCACUCCAACGGGUCUCCGCGCAGCGGCUCCAUCCGCAACAGGUCCCUUCGCAACGGAUCACCUCGAGCGUCUAUUGCACCAAAGAAGCCUCUUCAGCCGGACAUGUCUUUUGGAAAUUCGGGUUCUACUAUGCGUCUUUUUCGACGAGUUCCAUCAGACGGCUCGACGUCUGGUCAGUCAGGACGGCCCGGCUCUUCCGAUGAUGUCUUUUGCGACGAGAAUGCGCCACUUCCUUCCGCUGUCGCACCUAUCGAGCCUUUCGGAAAGGAGGCUAUCUUGGGUCGAAGGCUGUAUGAUAAGGCUGUCGAGCCUUCGCUAGCUGAGCUGCAAGCUCAGACGUCAGGGCUUCAUAAGCGCGAAGCCCUCGCCAAACUCAGUGAAGCUCUGGCUUCUCUGGACGCAUGCGACCCCGAAGGCGCUCACCACCUCAUGACCAACAUCGUCUCGGCAAUGUCGCAGGACAAGAAGCUCAAUGCAGCUUUCUUGGGCCAGGCUACCUGCAAGACGCCUGAUGAUGGGACGCCGCAGGGGACAGUCAUCAUCAAGAGCGCUGUACCGCCCCAUGUCAGCCCUACCAAACUUGUGUUGAGCUCUAGUAACCCUCAUCUCAAGAGUCACAAGCGACGACAGACGGAUUCCUCGGGGCACGUCGAACAUGACAUGGCAAGAGCUGCCGUUGAGGCCAAGUAUCCCGGCCGCGAGCCGCGCGCUGGCAUGGAGCAUAGCAAGCAACUGUCUGAUGUGCUGUAUGCACGGUGGACUGAUGGUCUUCGGCUGCGCUGGCCGGGCUCUUGA